CUUGAUUAAUUAUCAUCACCCGCAAUUAAAGUACUUACCAAUUUAUAAGAUCAACAUAUAUACAUACAAUAAGAUGACAGGCACUGGUUCCCCUUGUGGUGCCUGCAAGUUUUUGAGAAGAAAAUGUAUUAAAGGAUGUGUUUUUGCCCCUUAUUUCUGCUAUGAACACGGUGCUACUCAUUUUUCAGCUAUUCACAAGGUUUUUGGGGCUAGCAAUGUAUCAAAACUUCUUGCUCAUAUACCUGUGAGUGAUCGCGGCGAAGCGGCUGUUACCAUCGCUUAUGAAGCUCAGGCUAGACUUCAAGAUCCAAUUUAUGGAUGUGUUUCACAUAUUUUUGCUCUCCAACAACAGGUUGUCAAUUUACAAGCACAACUUGCUUCUCUCAAGGAACAAGCAGCUCAAAACUUGCAAAAUGGUUCCAAUUAUGCAAACCCUAAUUGUGACCAAUUUCAAGAUCUUCAAAGUUGGUUUUAUCAGUCUGAAAAUCCAAGCAAUAUGCCCCAAUUUGAUCAUUCUAGCUUGACCAGUAACAAUAAUAUUGGAUCAACCCCAUAUCAUGGAAGUGAAAGUUACAACAUGACAUCAAACAAUUACCAUAUGGGGAAUUAUGACAAUACUAAUUUGGUGGUUCCAAAGGGAAAUAUGUCAAGUUUUGAAGAGGGUUCUUGCUCAGCAGAUUCUUUUGACAUGCAAACAGAUCAUCAUCACAACAACGGGCAAUGGACAUAUCAAGAUGAUGCGGAUGACCUUCAAUCAGUGGCCUUCAGAUAUCUUCAACAUUCUUGAGUACUAUUCAAUUUAGGGCUUCAACAAAUCAUAUGGGUGAAGAUUAAUUACUCUCUCAAUUUUGUAUUGCUAAAAGCACCUUUUAUGACAUGACAUAGCUGCUAGAAACCCUAGAAAUGUUCAAAACCAUCAUAAACCUAUGGUUCUGCCUACAAUUGUUUUUCCUUAGGUCAUGUGUAACCUUGGAUAUAACUAGAAUAUUAUUAGUAUAUUUUAAUAAAUCUUCCUUUUAUUAGUUUUUAAUUUGGAUUAGACCUAGUACAUCAUAGACCUUAUCAGUGCAUACAAUAACCUAAUUGUUUCUGUAUGCUUUCC